ACUCAAGGAGAGACCAUUGACGACUUCCAUAGCGUCUUAUUGUUGUUUGUUUGACUUCGUUGUUAGCAUUCUAAAUUUGUUAACGUUUUCUUUUGGAAUAUCUCAACAUGGCCGUAAGUUAGCCUACAUUUAGUGUUGCAUUAUUAUUUAAGUUGAAUGGGUUUUCAUGUUAUUUCACAAGCUUGUUAAAAAAAAAAAAAAAGGAAAGAGACAAUGCUAUCUGACUGAUGUUGCUGACUCAACCAAAUUUAACGAUCACGUGACUAUCUUCUUUUAGACACGCGUCAAAAUAAAACUUAAGUUAUAAGACUCCAACACUCUGUCACGUUCAGGGUCAUACGUUCCUUUGGGCAUGACCAGGGCCUCUGAGGCUCAGGGGAUAAUGGUGACAAUAAUAUUAUCGUCGAUCAAUUUACCGUCGACGAAAUUUCUUUCGAUCAAAUUUCCGGUAGCCAUGGACGAUAAUGUUAAAUUUAACCAAAAUUAGAAAAGAACUUUUGUUCCAAAAAUUAAACAAAAACUAAACUGAUUAACAGUCUAUCGAUAAAGCAACGUGUCAAAGUUAAGAUCUUUAUCGACCAAGGGUGAGAAAUAAUGCAUCAACGGGGUCCUCGUGGCGAUUGGUGAUCUUGGUGUAGCCCAGAACAUUUAUUAAAUGAAUCGGGUCAAGUCACUCAGCAGUGGAGUAGCGAGGGUGUUUGGCGCCCGGGACAAGAUUCGCGCCCGGGGACAAGAACCAUUUUAAAGCGUCCCCUUUUCUUUUUUUCAACUCUAAAACCCAUUAUUUUACCAACAAUAUAAUAUCAAAUCACAUUUUGGCGCCCCUAACUAGCUUGCGCCCGGGGACAUCUGUCCCCCCUCCCCCCAUCGCAACGCCUCUGUCACUCAGUAAAUGCUAAGUUCAAAAAGUUCAGAAAUCUUGGCUGCUUCUAUUUUUUUUCUUGUAGCAAAGUUGGGAGACGGUCUUAAACUACAUUUCACCGAGUUCAAUGCAUUUUGUUCAUUUUAAUUCAUAAAUCUUGCUAACGUAUUGGACGACUCUUUUUUUUUAAAAAUUGUUGUGUUUGUAGAUGGGAGGCAUUCAGGCGAAACGUUUUCAUUCAAUGUCCCCCGUGUUGUUAUUCAAGCCGUCUCGCAGAUUCUGUUCUUAAAUAUUUCAUGACAAUUCAACACGGAGUGUCUUAACUUCUUAACCAACUCACGCUGUGCAGGAUAGUGAAUCACUAUGUACUUCUUCAGCAUACACACAAAAGAUCAAUACAAUCCUCUCACUUUUAUCUUUAGCUUAAUCCUGCCACUCCCCGCCCCCUCCCCCACAGCCCACCACACAAACUGUCUUCUUAUCUGAAAAUUGAAUUAUCAAUGAAACUGGAAACUUAAUGUAAAAUACAAAAUCGUUCAGACUAUCUUUAAAAGGCGUAUCCGGAAAUGGUCGCUAAAUAAUGGGCAAUUUUAAACACGGCUUGUCACCACUUCCAGCACACGCGCACUUGGAGUGUAGCGUAAACUCGAGGUUAAUUGGAUUAGGUUUCAUCUCAUUCAUUUUACAUUGAGAUUCGUUAACUUGUUAAUUUUCUGCCAACGUUGUAUGUGAUGUGAUUGGGUUUGACACUAAGCACUAACGGACACUUAGUGUACCACCAAAUUUGAGCAAUACUGGUCUAGAAUAGCGUUUUUUUUACUUAUAUUUGAUGAACGAGUCUAACGCCAUGUUUUAUCUCUACAUCUCUACCAUUCAGUACUCAGUUCCACACACGGCGAACAUUCCCUUCACGCUGGCCGAUGGCAAGGAGAUCAUCAUAGACGGAGUCGUGCCACACUACGGCAACAGGUAGACGUGACCACUGUAACUGUCACAUUAAGCUAAUUACGUGACCACUGUAACUGUCACGUUAAGCUAAUUACGUGACCACCGUAACUGUCACAUUAAGCUAAAUACGUGACCACUGUAACUGUCACAUUAGGCUAAAUACGUGACCACUGUAACUGUCACAUUAAGAUAAGUACGUGACCACUGUAACUGUCACAUUAGGCUAAAUACGUGACCACUGUAACUGUCACAUUAAGAUAAGUACGUGACCACUGUAACUGUCACAUUAAGCUAAAUACGUGACCACCGUAACUGUCACAUUAAGCUAAUUACGUGACCACCGUAACUGUCACAUUAAGCUAAAUACGUGAUCAGUGUACUGAAUUUACCAAUAUCCCCCUUUAAUGAACACAUUUUUUUUCAAUAUUACGCCGACUUGCUAACAAUUUCAAUUAUAAAUUGCAAUCGCGACGACUAUUUGAUCUGAAAGGGCAUACGCCGAUGUUAUCUUUGUAACAUAUGUCGGUGGAGCAAGUUGUCUUCGAGGUUAAGAUGUGACUGUGGUACGAUAGGAUUUCUUGAAAUAGUCCGUGAUAGUGUGAUCUAUUCUCUGAUUGUGUGCUAAAGUCAGUGAUUGUGUGAUCUGUUUUGUGAAUGUGUGAUGCAGUUCGUGAAUAUAUGAUCUAUUUUGUGAUUUUUUGAUAAAGUCAGUGAUUGUGGGAUAAAGUCAGUGAUUGUGUGAUCUGUUUUGUGACAGUGUGAUAAAGUCAGUGAUUGAAGAAUGAGUUUCGAGAUUGUUUUAUGCAAAUUUUGUGAUUGAAUCAUAUUGUUUUUUAUUGUAUCAUUACGUGCAUAAGAUGCACUUUUAAUGCCAUUUUGCGAUCAUAAUUUACAUAGCUUCAUGUACUUAUAUUUUAAAAGGCUUUAUUUUCAUGCUUUUGAGCUAAACUUAUAAGAUAACAAUUCACUGUGUGGGCCUGAAUGCGAUCUUUCAAUGACGCCUGACUGACACGUGACAACCCUCUUUCAACAGGUUCAGCAUCAACUUAUGCUCGGGCCCCAACUACGACAGCGGCGACACGGCCCUGCACUUCAACCCCAGACUGGACCAGAAUGAAGUCGUCAGGACCCACAACAGGGGCGGGUGGGGUCACGAGGAGAAACACGGCGGGAUCCCAUUCUACAAGGGAUCCCCUUUUGAAGUGAAGAUAGUGGUCAGACAUCACGGUUAUCAUGUAGGUGAUCAGAUGUGGGAAGGAUGGGACCUUGUGCGGGGUGAGAGGUGGGGGGAGGGGGGUCAGUCUCAAAAUGUCAGUGAAAUUGCACCUUUUGUUUUAAACCUAGUAUUUUUUUUUUUACCCAGAAUAGUGUUUGAGGUUACAGCGAUAAAGAUACAUUAAUGUGCCAAGUUAGCUUUAAGCAAAAAAGACUUAAAACUCUGUCAAAAAAAUGAUUAUAAUAACAAUGACCCCACAAAAGGGGCGGGUGGGGUCACGAGGAGAAACACGGCGGGAUCCCAUUCUACAAGGGAUCCCCUUUUGAAGUGAAGAUAGUGGUCAGACAUCACGGUUAUCAUGUAGGUGAUCAGAUGUGGGAAGGAUGGGAGGGGGUGGGGGGGGGGGGGGGGUCGGGGUGAGUAUGUCGGUGAAAUUGCCCCUUUUGUUUUAAUCCUAGUAUUUUUUUUUUUUUACCCAGAAUAGUGUUUGAGGUUACAGCGAUAAAGAUACAUUAAUGUGCCAAGUUAGCUUUAAGCUAAAAAGGACUUAAAACUCUGUCCAAAAAAAUGAUUAUAAUAACAAUGACCAGAACAUCAGCUAUUUUUGAUCAAUGCGCUUAAUAUUAAAAUUUCUAAAAUAAUUAAUUAAUUAAUUUAUUUAUUUAAAACAAAAAAUUCAAACAGUCUCUAGUUAAAAUGUUUUAACAUACUAGAACUAUGUCAUUGCGUUUCCCCCAUGCUAGAAUUAUGUCAAUGCGUUUCCCCCCAUUAUAUAACUAUUUCAAUGUGUCUUUCCCAAACUAGAACAUGUCCAUGUGUUUUCCUUUCAGAUUUUCGUUAACAACUCCCUGUUCUGUGAGUUCAACCACAGGAUCCCUAAGGAAUCAGUCCGUUACCUGUACAUACAUGGUGACGUCACCAUCAGCCGGGUUGCCUUUGUGGACGUGGUGAGUGGUUGGUGACAUGGCCGUGUUUCAAAACCCUUCAGACGUUAUUUUGUAAACCCUUAAAAAGAAAAAAAUAAUAAUAACUUCAUGUAUUUAUAGCAGAAGAGUCAAUUUUGUUGUUACUCCAGCGGAGCUUAAAGUAGGCUCACAGCAUAUUUGUUAUGGGCCCUUUAAUCGAUCGAAAGGUAGUGGAUAAUUAUUCAUUGCAGUGUGAAGGGACGGGGUUGAAUUGGGCACCAUCUUUAUAUGUCUAUAGUUAUUAAUUUUCAGGGGCGACAUUUUGGUCAAAGUGUGUAUAUAUAUAUAUAUAUAUUCGUUGAAAGGGGCGGGAAAAUCCUGGACCCGCCCCGGGCAUCCAUGACCCUAGCCGCGCCACUGCGGCGGAGGGUAGUUAAAAUUAAUUAGUUGUUUUUAUUUGCUAUUAAAUUAGAAAUGAUAAUAAUGGGACAUAACCUAUGCAUUUAUUUAAAGGGAAAAAACUUUACAUGCUUACAUCCAUUUCUUUAAGUAUAUUUAAUGAAAAGAUAUGUAAUUAAAAUAAAAAUCAUGGAAAAAUGAUUAUGCCCUUAAAUUUCUAUUGUUAGAAAUGCCAUUAAAAAUUAUUGAGAAAUAGGCAGAAUGGUACACGUUGACCUUCCUGGGAAAUAAAAACUAAAAUAUUGUAAUUUAUAACAAAGCUCGUUCAAAUAUAUUAAGAUGUAAAUAUUAUUAAAAUUAAUUGCAAUUGGGAAGUCGCAGAAUCUGAAUCAAAUGUUUUUACAUCGAAUAUUUUUUUUUAAAAAUGCCGUAUUUGUUAACUACAGCCUGUGAGUUUGAAUGGCGUUGACGUGGGUGUGCACAUCAACAGCGAGGGUGUAACAACAGUGGGUACCGUUUGUGUGGAGGCUCAAAAUUAGCGAGGGGGGAACAUAGAAUUUGAUAUUUUUUCCAUUCCUUUUUCCCGAUAAUUUUUUUCCUUUACCUUUAUUGAAUUGGCUAAAAAUGACGCACAGUGAUCUGCAUUCUGUUGUCUUUUUAGAUAUAGCUAAAAAUUAUUUUCUCACGCUUGAUAGGACCUCAGUUUUAACUGACGCCAAGGGCGCCAGUUGUCCCCGUCACGCCCCUGCAUAUCAAACCACAACUCUGUCACAUAUUUCUCAUUCCUUGCACACCCCCCACCCCCCAACAAGUCAUAUCAAAUCACAACUCUGUCACGGAUCUCUCAUUCCUUGCACACCCCCCCCUCCCCCUUUCCGAGUCCUAUCAAAAGUUCUCUAAUAAUCGAUAUAAAAAUUUAGGAGUCCCCAAAGCAGGGACGCCAUUUGGACCCCCCCCUCCCCCUUUCCGAGUCCUAUCAAAAGUUCUCUAAUAAUCGAUAUAAAAAUUUAGGAGUCCCCAAAGCAGGGACGCCAUUUGGGUAGGGCAGGGUAUUUGCUCCCCCCCCCCCGAAUUUGCAGGUUUUAUUUAAAUUGCUACAUACAGUGGCGCCUCCAGUAAUAACAAACAUGUUAACAAGCCGACCAAGUUUUGGUUUCGCACCCCCCCCCCUUUCCUUUGAAAAAAAGACCCGAAAUGACGCCCCUAUCCCAAAGCUUUGAUCGGAUAUUUUCUAUUCUGCCUGCGUCUAAUAAAUAGAUUUAAUGUAAAUAAAUCUCAUGUAUUAUUGUGAUUAGUAUAUAAGUAUAGACGUAACUUAAUAAAACACUAACACACCCUAAUGUUCUCUUCCAUUUCAGAUUAGCAAUCCCGUAAGUAAUAAAGAAAAUACUUCUUCUUUUUUUUUAAUGACUGUCAAAAUCAUGUUAAAUGUGUUCAUAAUUUUUUAACGUUGAAUAAAUAUCUGCUGCAAUAAGAACGAAAACAAAAAAUAAAACCCCACUGGAAUCGGAGUUUGAGCUGGGUGGCUUGUUACAGUUUCGUAAACGUCCUGUCUACGUUUAACUGAAUACAUUGCAUUCCCUAAAUCGAAAAUGGCACAUCUUCUUCAUAACCAAGAGGCCCCCGUGGCAUCUGUCAUAGUUAUAUAAGUAAAUGGUCUAAUAAUGCAAUUCAUUGAUACUGCAAUUUCGCUGUCAUACACACGUGAAAUCGCUAUUUAAAAAUACUUACAAUUGUAUAAAGUGAUGUGAAUGUCAUUAUAUUGUGCCAGACUUGUGGGACAAAUUUUGUUAUAUUUGGAUGAUUAGCUAAAAAAAGACAGUACAGGAAUCUUUCCUUCCAUUGAUGGUUUGGAGUCGAAGAGGAGUCCGUAGAAUCGAUACAUUAUCUGUAUGGUGCGAUUUAAAUUACUGACUUCUGCUGACAAUUCAUUUACCACUGUCAUUUUUAAAAUACCUUUCAACAGCCUGUCCCAGGAGAGACCCCUAUUCAUUUACCAUUGUCAUUUUUUAAAAUCCCUUUCAAUAGCCUGUCCCAAUUGUGACACCAAUUCAUUUACCAUUGUCAUUUAAAAAAAUCCCUUUCAACAGAAACCCCAAUUCAUUUACAAAUAGCAUUUUUAAAAUCUCUUUCAACAGUCUGUCCCAGUUGUGACACCAAUUCAAGGGGGACUAGUUCCUGGCAGGACAAUCGUCAUAAAUGGAGUGCCUCGCCAUGGAGCCUCCAGGUAUUUCUUAGCUCUGACGGUCUUAUAUAUCAUACCUACAUACUUACCUUACCCCAACCCAACCACUCAGCGGCGUAGAUAGGGACAUUCCAACCCGGGUUGGGCAAAACAUUUUGCCACUCCCCCUUAACAAAAGAAAUCUAUAAGUUGGCAGCAAAUUCCACCCUUCAAUGUCAAGAUACAAGUGCUCCCCGGGGUGGACCGUCUAUGAUCUAUGAGACUUCCUACGCCACUGCAUCCAUAUAUACACACACUCUCUCUCUCUCCUCUAUUUUUCUCAAUCUCUCUUUCUCAUUGACUUUGUUUGUACACGAAUUUUAAAAUAAGACAUACGUCUCUGAUUUUUUUUUUUCCUUCUGCCCUUCCAUCCCUAACAGUGUUUCUUUGAUUUGCUGUUACAUUUUUAUAUUAUUAGGGUUUUCCAUUUCUAAGAUCGGAAAACGUCACAUCGCUUACGUAAUGUUACUAUUUUUUUCAUACUUUUUUGGUUGUUUUUUUUGGUUUUGUUGAAGCAUAGCUUCUAACAAUGUAUUUCCGCAUAUGUACAGCAGUAACAAUUUGUAUAAUAUUUAAUAAAAUAAAGUUGUGAACACGUAUUCGUCUAGGUUAAGGCUCACUUUAACGUAGAGGUACAGAACAGUUGAUAAGUGAUUGGCCAAACGGAAUACCAGGAUGUUUUAUUAAUAUCUUAAUGAGAUUUGAGGUGGGUAACGCGCUGUAUAAGACCACUGUCAUCAAGUCUCUCAUUUUUUAAGAAAAAACAAACAUUUCAAAAGUAAAUAUGUAGCCACUUUAAGGUGUCUUCAGAUGGAUUUAAUUCAGUAAAAUUUAAACAUUUUAAAUGUAGUGCAAGAAAAUAUUGACAAUUCUACUCCUGCGGGGCUAUCGCUAGAAAGUUUUAGGUUGGGUGAAAAAUUGGCAAUUAUCGCCCUCUAGAAUAUUAUGGGAAGAGUUCAGAAUUUAAAAAAAAAAAAAAUUAUUUUAACAAAUUGUGCGUGAUGAUCACGCAUCGUACCCGCCUUGAGUCGGCCCUGUACUCCUGAUUAAAUACACAACUAGAGCCAGGCGCCAAAUCUACCCCCCCCCCACCUUUUUUUUUGGUGCCAGAAAGUUUAAGUGCUCCGUUGCACUGAACGUUUUCCUGACAUGCUCUACCCUGUGUGUUACAGAUUCAAUGUCAACCUGGUGUGCGGACCAAGUUUCGACGCCAACGACGUGGCCCUUCACUUUGACGCCCGCUUCAACUACGGCAACUCCCACCACACGGUGGUCCGCACCCACAAGGCUGGGGGUGCGUGGGGAGGGGAGGAGACGCACAGCCCUUACUUCCCCUUCAGUCACAAUGUCCCCUUUGAGAUCCUCAUUCUCGUGGAGCACCAUGGCUACAAGGUGAGAACCCACGGGCUCCAUAUAUAACAGGAUGGUGUGUUCUUAGCCCAGGGGUGCCCGCACCCCCUGGUUUUGCGUGAGGCAUUGCCAGGGGGUGCGGGAAGACCCAUAAAUCAGGGUUAUUUGCUUUUGAUAUCAGCCAAUGUUCUUGGGGUAAAAUUUGUUUGCGCAUUAAUUGUACUAGUUAAUUUUUUUAAAAACGUUUCUAGCAAAUUGAAAAAGUAGGUCAAUGUCACAUGACACAAAACUUGAUUAUGGCUAAUGAUUUCUUGACCCAAAGUAUGCUUGUACACCAAAGGAAAUAAUUCUCAAACCAAUCGAAAAUAGUGCGGAGUUUCUGGAGGUUAAAUAAGGAAAACUACCGUAAAUGAAUUGUUUUCAUAGUUAUUUAUUUUAUUACAAUUUUAAACAAAAAGAGUGUGUCGGAGGGGAUGGAAAAAUUUUUUGAAAUUGAGAGGGGUUGUGAGUUUGUGACACAGCAAAAUAAAAGGUUUUGAAAACCUGAAAGAUACGUUCUAUUGUUUUUUUUCUCUCAUUUAAGAUAUCUCCAUUAAAAGAAUCGGAGUCAAUAAUAAAUCCGAUUUAUUCCAUUCAAUCGAUGGGAAAAUGGCCAAUCCCAAGCCUUUAAAAUAGUAAUAAAUUUGGAAAGAUGAAGGUUCUAAUGUUCUGCAUAACGCCUCCCCCUACACCCCCCCCCCCCCCCCCCCCCCCCCCCCCCCCCCCAAAUCCCAAGCCUUUAAAAUAGUAAUAAAUUUGGAAAGAGGAAGGUUCUAAUGUUCUGCAUAACGCCCCCCCCUACCCCCCCCCCCCCCGCCACUCAUCCUCACUCUGAUAUCCAUUACUAAAGCCGACCACUGUUGCAAUGCAGGCCCAAUAAACUUUCAGCGCACCGAGCUCAACAUUUUAAAAUUCUGUUUCAGAUCGCGGUCAACAACCAACACUUUGUGGAGUUCAACCACCGCAUCCAGCCCCUUCACCGCGUCAAUUUUCUCAACAUCCAAGGGGAUGUAACUGUCAACAGCAUCAAGAUCUUCUAAAAAACAAAAGGUUAUCGAGUUCAAUGUUCUUCAAAGCCAUUGGUCAGAGGCAAGGCUUCAUAGUGAAACACACCGAGUGUUCAGUUCUGUUUUGUUGUGGUAUUAAAAACUAAACAUUUAUCACUGUCAGCGUGAGAAGUUCAUGUUCUUUUAGCUUAUUGUUAGAACUAAUUGUAAAAUAAAUCAUCAUUGUUUUGUCAUACAUUGUGAGUUGUUUCCUCUCAAUGACCCCCCCCCCCCAUCUAAUCACAUCUCAUAAACGUAAGAAAAACAGCAAGCUGCAAGGCCGGGGC